UCACCACCUCCUCUACCUCCUCUUUGCCUGUGUCUCCUGCUUCUCUCCCUUAUCAUCGAUCUGGCCUGUCUAGUUUCUGCCACACCUCUUUCCUGACCUUUGCUCCCUGCUCCAGGCUUGUUUUCCUCCCCUCUGGCCUCCGGGCUCGCUUUCACUCACUGCCGGUCCAACCAGCACGCCAUGUGCACGGGACAGUGUGCCCGCUUCGUGGGGCUCUCCCUCAUCACCCUCUCCCUUGUCUGCAUCGUGGCCAACGCCCUCCUGCUGGUGCCUGAUGGGAAGACCACUUGGACCAACACCCGCAACCUCAGCUUGCAAGUCUGGAUGAUGGCCGGCUUCUUCGGCGGGGGCCUGCUGGUACUGUGUCCGGGAAUUGCAGCCGUCCGGGCAGGGGGCAAGGGCUGUUGCGGUGCAGGCUGCUGUGGGAAUCGCUGCAGGAUGCUGCGCUCGGUCUUCUGCUCGGCGUUAGGGUUGCUUGGAGCCAUCUAUUGCCUCUCAGUAUCCGGAACCGGGCUCCGAAACGGACCCAUAUGUUUGAAAGACGGCGUUUGGAACUACCAUUUCAAAGAGACCGAAGGCUCUUACUUGCUCAACCGCACCCAGUGGGAUGAGUGCACGAAGCCGCCUAACGUGGUCACCUGGCAUGUGACGCUCUUCUCGCUGCUGGUGGCCGCCUCGUGCCUGGAGGUCGUGCUGUGUGGGGUGCAGGUGGUGAACGCGGCCAUCGGCGUCCUCUGUGGCGACUGCAGGAAGAAGGGCACCCCUCAAUGAGGCUCCACCGACCACGCUGCUCGCCGCUGGACGCCCACCCGACCCACCCCGCCCGGAAAUAAACCGUUUUGAGCUCUCUUGCGCAUCUCAGA